AUGACCGAAGAAUACGACUAUGAAUCACUUGGCCAAAACUCAACAAUGACCCAGAAUGCUCUUGCAGGGGCAUUUGCCGGUAUUGCGGAACACUGUGCCAUGUUUCCUGUUGAUUCAAUCAAGACUCGCAUGCAAGUAAUCCAAAGUAGUGGUCAACCAGCAGCUGCCACUGCUACUGCUGUCAUGGCAAAACCCAAUAUCAAUCUCAGCAAUCUAUGGCGAGGUGUCAAUUCAGUGGUGAUGGGUGCAGGCCCUGCACAUGCUUUAUACUUUGCCACCUAUGAAUAUAUGAAAGACAAGUUGGCAGCUGACGAUGGCAACAACCACACACUUGCAUUUCUUGCUUCUGGUGCAUGCGCCACCUUUGCCCAUGAAGCACUCAUGACACCCUUUGAUGUGAUAAAGCAACGCAUGCAGCUCCGUGAAUCCACUUACAAGAAUGUUCGUGAAUGUGCACGCACCGUCUUUGCAAAGGAAGGGAUUACGGCCUUUUACGUUUCAUUACCAACAACGCUCACCAUGUCGGUACCGUUUCAAUCUAUCCAAUUUGCCACUUAUGAGUAUUCGCGGAGAUUGCUUAAUCCUAUGGGUCAAUAUGAUCCAAAAACGCAUGUAUUAGCGGGUGCUAUUGCCGGUGCCUUUGCUUCAUCCGUCACUACACCGCUGGACGUGUGCAAGACAUUGUUGCAAACCCGUGGUCAAUCAUCUGAUCCUCGUAUUCGUAAUGCAAGUGGACUUUUAGAUGCUAUGGCUAUCAUCAAGCAACGCUAUGGCUUGCGUGGUUUCUUUAGAGGUUACAAGCCCCGUGUGCUUACCAACAUGCCUAGCACGGCCAUUUCUUGGAGCGUAUACGAAUACUUCAAGUGGCUCUUUGAGAAGACUGAAUUUGCUGGUGCUGUUGGACAACAAGAAAAGAGCUUGAUCAGCCUAUAA